CAAUUGUGUAUAACUGUAUUUUAACAAUGUCACCUUAGAUUUUGUCUAAAAUUCAAAAACCGUUAUUAUUGCCAACGUUUUAAUCAUAUCCCAGUGUCUCAUUUCUGCCCUGCUUUUGAACCUUACAAUAUAAAUGAGGUCCCCAGUUUAAAACCCCCCUAAAAUAGCAAAAUAAUAACAUGUUCCCACUUACGUUUUGCUCCAGGUUGUUAAGUUAUAUUUAAUAUGAACUUGAUUGUUCUUUGAGUUGAAUCUGUGGAACAACAAUUAAACAAUGGAGGAAUAUUUUUCAUGGUGGAAUCUUCCGUUGGAAUUUCUAUUCGAUGCCUGGAAGAUUAGCAAUGCUGUGGGAUUACUGUUUACUUGUAUUGCUGUAUUCUGCGUGGCUUUAAUAUUCGAAGGGUUCCGGAUCCUGAGUGCGAUUCUCAGCAGCAGGUUUUUCGUGCUACCAUUGGUCCCUUGUAAUCGGGACGAUGAUUCAAGUAGCUCUUCCAUCAACGGAUCAGUUGAGAUCACGGAUAGUUUGAACCAUGUUAAGUGGGAGAGAACCAAGAACCAUAUCCUCCAGACAGCAAUCCAUGUGUUUAAAGUAGCAGCAAGUUACGGUUUAAUGCUCGCUGUGAUGUCUUACAACGCCUACAUUGCGAUAUCUGUUCUACUUGGGGCAACUUUGGGUUAUUUCGUAUUCUGCCAUCAUGUUUACAAACUGCCACGACGAACUGGUGAUCCUUGUAAUUUGAGCCGAACAACAACUUGUACUUUUCCUGAACCUUCAUCUGAGGAACUGUUAGCAGGUUCCACUACUGCUUAUAUUCACUGAACCAGGUUGGGGUGAUGGGCUAUCCUCUCUUUAACUGCACUCAUAUACAUAGUGUAUAUAUAUAUAUAUAAUCGGAGAAAUGUGCCAACUGUGGCUUAAAUCCCAGGUCCCUUUGCUACCUUACUUUAACUGUAUCCAUAUAAAUAUGAAUGUGAAUAUACAAUGUUAGGGUAAAGGACCAACUCUGGCCUAAAUCUUCUGGCAAAUCCUACUGUUGGACCUCACCCAUACAAAAAUGGUGCAUUUGUACCAAUGUAGGCUUGGAGCUUUUAUAUAUCAUACACAGGUGCCAAACCUGGGUGGCAGGGUAAGCAACCUUUAAAUUAACUUAACCACCACUGCAGCAACACAGGGAUUUUAUUGCCCUCUUGUAUUGAUAUCAUGUGUUUGUCAUAAAUGGAAAACAGAUCUAUAUACUGUUAUUCACAUAACCAAGAACACAUACCUAUACACUAACUACCAUCUAUAUUCUAGUUAAAAAGGGUAAAACACACUGAUUUUUUCAUUUAAUCGCGUUUCUUGUUUUUAAAACGGCUGUAAAGAGAUUGUUUUACCUUUAUGUUAAUUUUGUUGUUCUGUUUUAAAAUUUUAAUUUGUGUGAUCGUUUUCCCUUGUUUAUUUACCAUGUUUAUACUUCAUUUUUCCCACUCAUUAUGUUUGGUGUUAAGUGCAAUGGUAAUUGGACGCAAAAACUUUGUAAGUAAUAACAUAUAUGCUCCUUUAAACUAACUAUUAUCUUCAAAGUGAGUAAAAUUAUGUUCUGAAGUCGCAUUUUACGUGAACCGUAUUUAUGUUUCACUGUGUUUAUUUUGCGCUAUAUGUCGUCAUCGCAAUUCUGUGUCAUGAUUGGCCAGCAGUUUUGGUGAAAAUUAUUAAAUAUUAGGCUCUGGUAGUCACCAUU